AUGCGGCGAAGAAGGUUCAUUCAAAUAAAUCGUGAAACCGGGCAUGCGGGGUUCUUCAAUGAUUAUUUCUCCACAAACCCGCAGAGAGAUGAUGCUACGAGAAGAAAAGGCUUGACACCACUACAAAAAUGCAUAGCUGCAAUUCGCCAAUUGGCUUAUGGAGUUCCAGCCGACCAUCUUGGUGAAUACCUACGCAUGGGUGAAUCAACCGUCAUCAAGUGUCUUUUCAAGUUCUGUGGUUAUGUGGUUGAACUAUUUGGUGAUCGAUACUUGAGAAGGCUGAAUGCUUAUGAUGCUCAACAUCUUCUUCAAAUGCACGAUGAGAGGCAUAACUUCCCUGGAAUGUUGGGCAGCCUUGAUUGCAUGCAUUGGGAAUGGAAAAAUUGUCCAGUUGCUUGGAAAGGAAAUGCUCCGGAGAUUAAUUUCACGGUCAACGGGACUCGAUAUAAGAAGGGGUAUUAUCUAACAGAUGGAAUAUAUCCAGAAUGGACUACUUUCGUGAAGGCUUUUCCUUGCCCGGAAGAUCCCAAGAGGAGGUUGUUUAAGGAAAGACAAGAGGCGGCAAGAAAAGAUGUUGAACAAGCAUUUGGGGUCCUCCAAGCUCAAUGGGCAAUUGUCAGAGGUCCAGCUCGUUAUUGGUACAGAAAAAAGUUAAAACAUAUUAUGUUAGCAUGCAUUAUUUUGCACAACAUAAUUGUUGAAGAUGAGGGGGGGUUAAGUGACAAAUUGGUACAACAAUGA